ACCUGUGCGCGCCGGCGCGGCGCGGCGUGGCCAUGGCGCUGUUCUGCAUCCGCAGGUAUGGCGGGGAGGACGAGCAGCAGGAGGAUGCCGAGGCGGAGGAGCGGGCGCGGGUGCUGCUGGAGCGGCUGCAGCAGCAGGCCAGGGCCCGGCAGCUGAAGAAGCAGCGAGAGGCGCAGCCCCAGGGAAGGGAGGGCAGGGAGGGCCCGGGGGCCGCGGGGCUGAGCCCCGGGGAAGAGCCCGGCGAAGGAAAGGGAAAGAGGGAGAGGGAGAGUGAGGAGCAGCCCAGUGCACACAGACAGAAGAAGCUAAAGACAAAACAACAGCCACGCAGCCCUUCGGAAGAAAGGGCUGGCACUGAGGAGGCAGCAGAUGGCAGCAGCCCCACAAAGAAGAAGAAAGCAAAUAGAAGAAAAUCGAAAGUGCAGCGAGAGAGCCCUGAAGCAGAUUCUGAAGAAGAUAUCAAACAGGAAAACAGGAGUGACUUUAAAAACAAGUGUAAUAAAAGGAAGAAGACAGAUGGGGAAGCACAAGGAGAUGAAACAGGGAAGAAACAGAGCAGUGAAGAAGCUGAAGGAAAUCAAAGUACACAGGAGGAGCUGCCCUUAGGAGCCUCAGGGGAGGAGGCAAACUGUCCACCCUCCAGUAUGAUGAUUCUUGGAGACUACGAUGCAAAGCCAGUGCAGAAGGUCCAGCCCUUCUUACCACAGUGGCUUGCCCAGCCCAAACGGGUGCAGAAACGCAUCAAGGAUAAUCUGUGUCCACUCAGUGAUGUCCCAGGAAUCCAUCCCAGGCUGCUGAAGAAGCUGCAGAUGAAUGGAAUAGAGUCUUUUUUUCCAGUCCAGGCAGAGGUGAUUCCUGCCAUUCUCCAGAGCGCCUCCAACGGGUACCUGCUGGGCCGGGGGGGAUUCCGCCCCAGGGACAUCUGUGUGUCUGCACCCACGGGCAGUGGGAAGACCCUGUCCUUUGUCAUACCCAUCGUGCAGGUUCUGUUAGAUCGAGUGGUUUGCCACGUGCGAGCUCUGGUUGUUCUGCCCACCAAAGAACUGGCACAACAGGUGAGUAAAGUGUUCAACGUUUACACUGACGGGACAGGUCUGAAGGUCGUUUUGAUUACUGGCCAGAAAUCUUUUGCAAAGGAGCAGGAAAUGCUUGUCCAGAAAAAAGUGACAGGCUACUGCAGCCUGGCUGACAUCGUGGUGGCCACACCAGGGAGGCUCACGGACCACAUUAACCAGACCCCGGGCUUCAGCCUGGCGCAGCUUCGCUUCCUGAUCGUGGAUGAAGCUGACCGUAUGAUUGAUGACAUGCACCAGAACUGCCUGAACCAAAUUGUCAAAGCUGCAUUCCAAGGAGAAAACGACUCUGGCUCCAACGUGCUUUUUCAGAGGACCAAACCCGGGCCUAUAACAGCAGCCAGUUCCUGCUCUCCUCAGAUACCCUUACAGAAACUGCUCUUCUCAGCCACACUGACCCAGGACCCAGAGAAAUUGCAGCAGCUGGAUUUAUUCCAGCCUCGUCUCUUCACAUCCGUGUAUUCCGAGAGAAACGGAGAUGGAACAGGAACUGAACAAGAUACAAAUAAUAAAUACACACUCCCCGAGGGGCUGUCGCAAUGUUAUGUGCCUUGUGACCUGAAUUCCAAGCCUUUACUCCUGUUGUAUUUCAUGCUGAAAAUGAAAUUCACCCGCGUGUUGUGCUUCACCAACUCCAGGGAGGCCUCCCACAGGUUGUUCCUGCUGGUUCAGGCCUUCGGUGGAGUCACAGUGGCGGAGUUUUCUUCUCGGUUACCUCCGAAUGAGAGAAAGAGAACCAUGAAGGAGUUUGAACAAGGGAAAAUACAACUGUUCAUCAGCACAGAUGCUGCAGCCCGAGGGAUUGAUGUUAAAGGAGUGAAUUAUGUGAUCAACUACGAUGCACCACAGUUCAUCAGGACCUAUGUCCACCGGGUUGGAAGAACAGCUCGUGCAGGAGCAGCAGGUGUUGCUUUCAGCUUGGUCCUUAGAAUUCAGGAGCGGCGGUUUCUGCGGAUGCUGAGGGCUGCUGGCAUCCAGGAUAUAAAGAAACACCCAGUGAAGGGCAACUCUCUGAAGCCGUUGGUGCAGCAGUAUGAGGGAGCUCUGUGUAAGCUCGAGAAGACAGUCAAGGACGAGCGAGCACAGAGGCGAGCCUGAGUGAGUGGAAGCUGAGGUGGCUGAUGUGGCACUGAGCAGGCCGUGGGCUGUUCCCCAGCACAGCAGCACUGACUCGUGGUCCCUCAGUGGCUGCUUCCUCAGCCUUAUCAUGUCUGAAGUCAGCUACUACAGGCCUUACUCCUCUUUCAAGGACGCUGUGAACAGAGUUCAGUUACUGGUUUAAAAAAAAAAAGAUAAAUUUUGAGAUACAGGUUGUAUUGAAGAGGACUUUGUAUCCUAUCCUGUUGGGACAUGUAGAAUCAGCAGCAGCUCUUGAACGUGGCCUGAUGGAGCUGCUGUCCUGCAGUGGUGAGGGCUGGGCCCUCUCUUCUGCUCUGGGACAAUGGUUCUGCCUGUCUGCAGAUGCAUAAACACCUGGGCAGUGCCUUAGCAGAAAAAUGUCUUUGAAGAGCUGCUCUAGGCUGCAGUGACUCCAGCUUUUAAGUAAAUAUUAAAUAAAUAUUAUAUGUAUUUUUAAAAUGGUGUCUAAUAAAGAUUCCUGGGGUCAGGAAUUGGGCUUGGCAAUCCUUGUGGGUCCCUUCCAACUCAGGAUAAUUUAUGAUUAGGGAUGGAGAUAUUGUUAAAAGGACUUUUCACUGUUACAUCUUGUGCCUUGUCCUUUUCCUGCCUGUGUUGUUUCCCUCCAAUGUUGUGUACCAGAGGUGACAGCAGGUAUUAUUAAGUGUAGAUUGAUGCUAAUACAGACUGAAAUGUCUGAUGUCUAACAUGAGUGUCCUGCAGCCAGCUCAGUCACUGUAAGCCAUGAGUCUGUAUUUGACACAUGCCAGGGUAUUUUUAGCUGCCCUGGCAGAAGGCUUGGAGCUGCCAUGCAGCUGUGGCCUGCAAGCACUCUCCAAGGGGUGCUUUUCCUUCAGCAGCAAUGCCUCCAGCUCUGCCUUAUUGUUCUGCAAAGCAAAAUCAAUGUACAGUGGCAUUAGCAAUAAACUAUUGAAAGGAGGGAAUCUUGAAGGAAUGGGGUUUGGGAAUGGCGGUGGAAUCCUGUGAAGGUAGGAGCGAGGUUGUUUUACAGCAGUGAAGCAGUUUGUGUUCUCCUGUGGCUGCUUGCUCUCCGGUUGUUUUCCAUGGCACGGGAGUCUGGGCUGGGGGCACAGGGAUGGAAAGUGCUUUAGUGCGAGAGCUGUGAGCUCCCGCGGAGAGAGAGCAGAGCCAGGACCCGCCUGGCCCGGCCCCUCCGCCGUGCUGCGGUUUCGGUAUCGCUGAGGGCAGGGACGGGCCAAGGUGGCCCCGGGUGGGAGGUGUGAGGUGGCAGUGUUGGAGUCUAGAACAUCCCUCUGGCCACCCUGGAGGGUUUGGAGACCGGACAGGGGGUCUGGGAUCUGUCCAAGGGGCUCAGCCAGCCUCACACAGAGCCCAGGAGGACACUACCUCUGAUCCCUGCCAUGGCAGUGAAUGCCCACAGUGUGUGAAGAAUCACAAGCUGGGAGAAUUCAAAAUAAGUAGUAUUUCGUUUAUCAUAGAAUGUAAAUGUAGAAUCUAGGAUUUUUAGUAUAUGGGGUUGAAGAGACAAGAUGGAGGAAUUGGGGAGUGGCCCCUGUCCUCCUUGUUCUUGCUCUCGUCCCUCAUCUUUUGCUGAGUUGGAUUUUAGAGAUUGGUUUAGAGUAGAACUGACAUGUUAGCAUAGGUAGUAGGCAUUGGUAAAAUUUUGUAAAUAAAAAGUUCAUUGUGGACAGUGGUUGGGUCAGGGGUACUGUACAUAAGGCCUGGGGCUCUCUGACCCGCCCCAG